AUGGCUCUCCAUGUGCUCGACCGACGUGAUGUCCAACGAAUUUGUAGUGGUCAGUCCGUAUUUGACCUUGCAACUGCAAUUAAAGAAUUAGUAGAGAAUGCGUUGGAUGCUGGUGCAUCACAGAUUGAAAUAAAGCUCAAGGAAUAUGGACGUGAUGCCUUUGAAGUUAGUGACAAUGGUGUAGGGAUCUCACCUGAAGAUUACGUCUUCCUAGCACGUAAACAUUAUACAAGCAAGAUUAAAAGCUUUGAAGAUAUUGAGAACGUCACGUCCUUUGGCUUUCGUGGUGAAGCACUGAGCUCAAUAUGUGAGCUUGCAUCAAGUUUUACAGUCUGUACAAGAACAAAGAAUGAUCAAGUGGGGACAUUAUUAGAGUAUGACACGAGUGGAAACUUGGUACAAGAGAGUAAGAAAGCACGGCCUGUGGGCACGACAAUUGUCGUAAAAGAGCUGUUCAAGCCAUUAGCUGUCCGAGCAAAGGAUUUUGAGCGCAAUAUAAAAAAGCACUAUGCUAAGUUCCUCAAGGUGUUGCAAGCAUAUGCUGUGAUUUGUGUGAAUGUGAAGAUGUGUGUAUUUAAUACCAUAGGCAAGAAUGCCACACGACAUGUUGUACUUGCUACUCAAGCGCAUCAGACGAUGGGAGAGAAUAUUGCCAACGUAUUUGGCACCAAGUUUUUCAGGACUUUACUGAGCGUGGAUAUGGAGCUGCGCGAUUAUUGGAAAACCGAGGAGGGUGAAGAUAAGAAUGACGCAAGAAAGGAGGGUAACAGUGACAGUGAACACGAAAGCUUUGAUGUGGAGACUGAAGACAAUUUGUGUGGGCAAGAAGGCAAGGUGAGAGGGUUUGUUUCCAAAGUGGGUGCUGGUGUUGGCCGAAGUGACAAUGACCGACAAUUUUUCUUCAUUAAUGGACGGCCAUUUGACUUGCCAAAGACGGCAAAAGCACUGAAUGAAGUGUGGCGACAGUACGAAAUGAAACAAAAGCCAGCAUGUGUACUCAACUUCUAUCUCCCUCUUGGUGACUACGAUGUAAACGUUACUCCAGAUAAGCGGGAGACGUUUUUGAAACAUGAAGCAAAACUUGUUAAUGCAUUCAAGUCGGGCUUGAACAAGCUUUAUGAGCCUAGUCGAGGGACGUUUAUGGCUCAGCCUUUGAUGACAACAUUUACUCGAGAUUCAAAGACGGAAGGUAUAAAAGAAUCUCCUCUACGAAAAGAGUUUGCUGCACAGCAACGUCAGUGUAUGCCUGCUGCUGACAAGAAAAAUAGUGAUGACGAGGCGAUAGCUGAGGUUGCGACGUUGACGAAAUCAUCUCAAGAUGACCAAGACGAUACUGAAGUGUCGCAACAAGAUCAUGUCAUUGUUGAAAUACUCCAGCCGAAGUCUCAAAAGUUUCAGAGGACUGAAAGUAUAGAACGAACACAAAACAAAAGUGAAGAUGCCGUUGAUGUAAAGCAAGCUUCGUCGCGAGAGACAGGUGUUGCAUCUCCGCUGUCAUUUGCAGAACACCCUUUGUUGGACUUGCGGAAGCCAGUCAAAAGACAAAAGCCUUUCCCAGGUCUCUCACUAUUGACUCUUUCGACGCCGGAAGAGUGUGUAUGGUCAUUUGAUGAGAUGAUUAAGCAGCGGCAGCAAUAUUUUGAGGAAGAAGUGGAGUAUGAACGAAAACGAAAGAUAAACCGCCUCAAGAUACCGAAGGCAUGUUCUGCGUUGGUCGAUGGAAACAUCCAGGAAGGAGAAAAUGAGAUUGCCGCGGCAGCUCUGCAGCGAGUGCUCAAGAAGGAAGAUUUCAAGCGCAUGGAAAUUCUUGGCCAGUUUAACCUUGGCUUCAUUAUUGGCAAGUUGGACAAUGACAUGUUCGUUAUUGACCAGCACGCCAGUGAUGAAAAGUUUAACUAUGAAAUGUUACAGCGAAGCACUGUUAUGCACCAGCAACCUCUUGUCCGACCGCUAAUGCUGGAGCUGACAGCCGGAGAAGAGAUGAUCAUCUUGGAUCAUUUGGAUGUUUUUGCAAAGAAUGGAUUUACGUUUCUAGUUGACAAGGACGCUCCAACAACGAAGAAACUAAAGCUGCUGUCACUGCCUUUCACGAAACACACGCAAUUUGGCAUUGAAGAUAUUCGAGAACUGGCGUCACUACUAAUGGACGCACCAUUAAAUCCAUCUACGAUUCGAUUGCCUAAAGUGAUGGCGAUGUUUGCAUCGCGAGCGUGCAGAAGCUCGAUAAUGAUCGGCACUGCUCUCCACAAAGAGGAAAUGCAAAAGAUUGUUCGUAAUCUGUCGGGCCUGGACCAGCCUUGGAACUGUCCUCAUGGGCGUCCUACACUUCGCCACCUUGUCGAUCUCUUACAUCUUGCUGAUAACAGCAAUUAA